AACCCUAAUUCCGACCCCUCUCUUAUCCGCUCAUCGAAAUGCCGAAGCGGAAGGAAUCUGCCUCCUCCAACAGUCAAGGCCAAUCCAAGAAGGCGGUAUCCGCGCCGCCGGAAGUGGAAGAUGCCGUCGAAAUGCCGGAGAACGCCGCCGGUGAGGACUUGAAGUUGGAAGGGGAGGAGGAUGAGGUGGGGGAGGUUGGCCAGGCCCGUUUCUUGGGAGAUCCAAUUCCAGUUGAAGAGGCAAAGAGGCGUUGGCCUCACCGCUACACACGAGGACAAUCGGAAUUUACCCAAGCAAGAGGGCACUAUUCCAAUGCUGAGGUCGAUGGUGUUGUUUUCUCUUUGGAUGAUGAAGCAUAUGUGCAGGCUGAACCAGGGAAAGACAGUUACAUUUGUAAGAUUGUAGAAUUUUUCUCUGCAGUUGAUGGGUCACUACAUUUCACUGCUCAAUGGUAUUAUAGGGCAGGUGAUACGGUUAUCCAAUCCUGCACUUCUCUUGUACACAACAAACAAAUAUUCUUUUCAGAAAUUAGGGAUGACAAUCCACUAGAUUGCCUUGUCAAGAAGAUUAACAUUAAAUUUAUACCUUCAAAGGAAAUUAUUGGAUUUGAUCCGAAAACUAUACCCACAUGGGACUUUUAUUAUAGCAAAAAAUAUUUGCUUCCAUACACAUCUUUUGUAAACAUGCCAUCAGAUGAUGAGACAAAAAGUCAAGAAUCCACUUCUACCAUUUCUAGUGAUCGCGAAACAUCAUCGGAAAGUCAUGAUCCUAAAAAUGAAAUAUCAUUGUUAGAUCUGUAUUCGGGAUGUGGAGCUAUGUCAACUGGACUUUGCCUUGGUGCUAACAUUGGUGGUGUCAGACUUGUUACGAAAUGGGCUGUCGAUUAUAAUCAAUAUGCUUGUGAAAGCCUCAAGUUAAAUCAUCCAGAGACAGAGGUGAGGAAUGAAUCUGCCGAGGACUUUUUGCAUCUUAUAGAAGAAUGGGAAAAGCUUUGUUCAUCUUUCUCAUUAUCAACAAAAAGAAGUUCAUGCAAUGAAAUGGAGAGUAAUGCUAAGGGUGGCUUUAAUUCCAAAAAAGCAGAAGAAGAGGAGGAAGCGGCUGAGGAUGAUGAUGAUGCCGGUGACUCUGAAAUAUAUGAAGUUGAAGAAAUACUUGGAAUUUGUCAUGGAGAUCCAAACAAUCAUGGAAAAUCUGAACUGCACUUCAAGAUACGAUGGAAAGGCUAUGGUCCGGAAGAGGAUACUUGGGAGCCUCUAGAAGGUUUGAGUGAUUGCAAAGAUAAGUUGAAAGAAUUUGUUACAAGAGGUUACGAGUCAAAGCUUUUGCCAUUGCCGGGUUCUGUUGGUGUAAUAUGCGGUGGACCUCCUUGCCAAGGAAUUAGUGGCUUCAAUAGGUUUCGAAAUAAGGAAGCUCCGCUUGAAGAUCCAAAAAACAAACAAUUGAAGGUUUAUGUGGACAUCGUAGACUUUCUCAAGCCAAGAUUUGUCUUGAUGGAGAAUGUUGUCGAUAUGGUGAAGUUUGCUGGUGGAUUUCUUGGUCGAUAUGCAUUAGGGCGGCUUGUUUCAAUCGGUUAUCAGGUGAGGAUGGGAAUGAUGGCAGCUGGUUCAUACGGAUUGCCUCAAUUUCGUAUGCGUGUGUUCAUGUGGGGUGCACUUCCAACAGAGAACUUGCCUCAGUAUCCAUUACCAACCCAUGAAGUUGCAAAUAGAGGCGUUAAUCCAACUGAGUUUGAGAUGAAUGCAGUUAAUUAUGAUGAAGGCUGUGAACCCACUUUAAAGCCUGCACUCUUUCUAAAGGAUGCAAUAGCUGAUCUCCCUGCAGUUGGAAAUAAAGAGGAACGUGACGAAAUGCCUUAUACACUUGACCCUGAGUCUGAAUUUCAAAAAUUCAUUAGACGCCGAAGGGAUGAAAUGCCUGGAUGCUUGGUUUUGGGCUCUAUAUCACCAGAACAUAGCUUGUAUGACCAUGUGCCUUAUAGGCUAAAUCAAGAUGACUAUGAUCGUGUUUGUCAAGUUCCUAAGAAAAAGGGUGCAAACUUCAGGAAUUUCCCAGGUGUAAGAGUUCGUCCUGACAACAAGGUCGAAUGGGAUCCUGAUAUCGAAAGGGUCUAUCUGAAGUCUGGAAAACCCCUGGUCCCCGAUUAUGCUAUGACUUUUGUCCGUGGCACUUCUUCAAAGCCAUUUGGGCGUCUAUGGUGGGAUGAAAUCGUGUCCACUGUUGUUACUCGGCCGGAACCACACAAUCAUGCAUUACUGCAUCCGGAACAAGAUAGAGUUCUUACAGUCCGGGAGAAUGCUCGCCUGCAAGGUUUUCCUGACUACUACAAACUUACUGGUCCUGUCAAAGAAAGGUACAUGCAAGUCGGGAAUGCUGUUGCUGUUCCGGUUGCUCGAGCAUUAGGCUAUUCUCUAGCUUCGGCACUGAAAGGGUCAUCUGGAAGUGAACCAGUGAUGAAACUACCUGAGAAUUUCCCAUUUGUGCCACCCCCAGCUUGAGGUUUAACAGGCAUACUUUUAAACUGUUGAUGUGAGGUUUAUUUUUCGUCAAUUUGUAGAAGCACAAGUGUGAAGUUUUGUUGUGUAACAUUGAAGAUCUUUGCCAAUGUAUGAUGCCUUGAAUAUUCAUCAGGCAUUUUCAUAUGGCUGAGUAAUAAUUUAUUUGUGUUUCUCAUUUAUGAUAAGUUGAUUGUUUGUUUGGUGAUUUA